GAAAUCAUGGUAGAUGAUUUAUGAACUAGGAUGCAGCAUGAAGCCAUUAAUGGUGGGUUUCUAGAUACUUAUUGCUCACAGCCUCUUGGGGAGAAGAUCGAAGAUUCAGUUGUGGUUGAAGUUCCUCUCCCAACAACCAGAUUGAUGCCACAUCACAAUAAAGCCUUGUCGACUUUGACAGAGCCACGGGACAGUCGGAUGCAUUGGGUGGUCAGCCGUUGCAACCAGGCCCCGGUCCAGGCUGGGAGUCCGCCUUGCAUGCCAAGGUUCAGCUGGUGUCUUGAUCAUGCACACUCUAAUGGGGCGAGGAGCGAGUCUCGCCAUGUGCUUCGUUUAUUGGAGAACAGCUCUAAUUGGCAAGUCACAGUCGUAUACAGGAGCCUACGACGCAUCGACAUGUAUUGGCCGCCUGUUUAAGGAGCACAACUACUGGUCUUGAGACCCAAUUUGCAUAAACACCAUCAGGACUGCAGCGUACCUAGAGAACGGUCAUUAAAAGUAUGGUUUCUGGCCUUAGGCACUUACGCAGCAGUAGCGGCAAGGCUUUCAAAGGGUCUUGCCACUGACACCGAUUGAACGAUGGCUAGGAACAAGGCAACAAAUGCGGUGAUGAUGCCGAGUUGGGCGGUGCGAGAGGAUGUGUAAAGAAGAAUCCAGAGGGGAAUGAUGAGCAUCAAAAAGCCACACAGGCAGAUGACAGCGUUCACAAAGCCAUUGAUGCGAUCUUCGACGACGUGUCUGGUGAUUUCCGGGUCGUAGUUAGUAGCAUCAGAGGAGGGUGGGUGUUUGAACUUGUGUGGGGUAUGCUGGAAUACCCUGUUCCAACGAAAGCAGUCGAAUCGCUCGAGGAAAGAUCGCAAGGGGGUGCGGGGGAUUUCAACAACGUUGAUCAAGUCAUCUCGCUGGUGGAUGAAAGCGCUUUCAAAAGGGUGAAUGGCGUCGGGAUUGCUGUUGCGCCAAUUCUCCAGGUUUUGUAUGGCACGCGUCUUUGAAAGUGGACGCUCUUUCAGAGCCGAGUACUGGGCGAUAAAAUUGUCUGUCAGAAGUCAGCUAGUUGUUGAGGAUCGAGGAUAGAUGAGUGGCGACUGUAUCGCUCGAGUUUGGUACAGAUUUGCCGGACGAGGGCCAAUCGGGCAGGGUCAUCGUCCUCAAAGGAGCC